CGGAUAUGAGUAACUAAUCAUGCCAGUCGUUGGUGUCUAUCCUCUGAAGCUGAUUUUGAGUUUGUGUGACUCAUUCAUCAUGGAGCAAUUUAAAAAGUGCCCACCCAGUCGGGUUGCCACAUACCUUAAUGAGCGUAAGGUUACAAAUGUUACUGAGGCUGCAGAACUGGCUGACGAGUACAGUAUGCAGUCUAUACUCCAGUCUACUCAUUUCAUAGAGCCGACCAGUCAGCCUGUGCGGGAGCCUGCUUUGCGCAAACAUGGUGGUGCCUCUGACCUCAACCCAUCAGCAGGAGAAGAGCAUGGGAGGGGUGGCGCUGGACGACGGACCAACUGGGGUGAAAGCGCCAGAUGGAGGGUGGGGCUGGGCGGUGUUGGUGGGCUGUUUCGUCAUCACAGGCUUCUCCUACGCCUUCCCCAAGGCUGUCAGCGUGUUCUUCAAGGAGCUGAUAAGAGAGUUUGGUGUUGGCUACAGUGACACCGCCUGGAUCUCCUCAAUACUGCUCGCCAUGCUCUAUGGCACAGGCCCUCUGUGCAGUGUGUUGGUGAACAAGUUUGGCUGUCGGCCGGUGAUGAUGGUCGGAGGGCUGUUUGCCUCGCUGGGAAUGAUCAUGGCCUCCUUUGCCACCAGCAUCAUACAUAUCUACCUCAGCACUGGAGUCGUCACAGGAUUGGGUCUGGCGUUGAACUUCCAGCCCUCUCUGAUAAUGCUGAACCGCUACUUCAGUGAGAAGCGUCCACUGGCCAAUGGCUUAGCAGCUGCUGGGAGCCCUGUUGCCCUGUGCUGCCUCUCCCCUCUCGGCCAGGUCCUCCAGUACAACUAUGGCUGGAGGGGGGGUUUCCUCAUAUUGGGAGGGAUGCUGCUCAACUGCUGUGCCUGUGGGGCCCUUAUGAGGCCACUGCUGCCCCCCAAGAAGCUCAAGAGCCUGGAGGAGAGUGGUGACGGAGCCGUGCAGGAGCAGAAAAAGCCCCAGCCAAAGAAGAGGCUGCUGGAUUUCAGCGUGUUCAAGGACCGAGGGUUCCUCAUCUACACCAUAGCAGCCUCUGUUAUGGUGCUGGGGUUGUUUGUGCCACCUGUGUUUGUGGUGAGCUACGCCAAAGAGUUGAAAUAUGAGGACACGAAGUCUGCUCUGCUGCUCACCAUCCUGGGAUUCGUUGAUAUGUUUGCUCGGCCCACAUGUGGGUUAAUAGCGGGGACGAAGUGGAUGCGGCCAAAAACUGUCUACCUGUUCAGCUUUGCUAUGAUCUUCAAUGGCUGCACUGACCUCAUAGGCUCACAGGCGACCACCUACGUAGGUCUGGUGGUGUUCUGUAUCUUCUUUGGUAUGUCCUAUGGCAUGGUGGGAGCUCUGCAGUUUGAGGUCCUAAUGGCCAUCGUGGGAACAGAGAAGUUCUCCAGUGCUAUUGGACUAGUGCUGCUGAUGGAGGCUAUUGCUGUGCUACUGGGACCCCCUGGAGCAGGUCGCCUGUUGGAUGCCACCCACAACUACAUGUACGUCUUCUUACUAGCAGGCUGUGAGGUCACGCUAUCAGCCUUCAUCCUGGCAAUAGGCAACUUCCUGUGCAUCAGGAAGAAACAGAAGGAGCCGGAGGCCAAGAUGGAGAUGGCUGUGACCGCGGCCGAGACAGAGGAGCUGAGACGCAGCGAAGACAACGAAGACAGUGAAGUGGUACACAAGGGACAGAACGGAAAAGCGGGCGAGGUGGUGAACAUAGUGAAGGGGGCAGUGGAGGAGAUCAAAGAGGGCAGCCCUGAAACGUCACUGUGAAGAGAGAGAGAGAGAGAGAGAAAUUAGUGAUGAGCUGAAUGUCCUGCGAAGACACAAGAGACCUGAUGACCUGUGGUAGGGGAGGGAGAGGGGAAUAAACAUGGUCCAAUCAGUGUCUUCCACUGCCAUGAUGGAUAUGAUGCAGUUUCAUUGAGUAUAGACUUGACGUCCACGGGAAACCUUAACCUGAAAUGAUUCUAAUGCAACCCUUUAAAUUGCAUAGGGAUAUAUUAGUACCAUUUUGUGUUUCAGUAGGGAAUUUUAGUGUCUCACGGUGGUCCAAAUACUGUUUUCACAGGCUUUUGCACUCUGACAAGAAUACCGCUCUGGUGGAAACACUGAAUACUUGUAUAUUUUGACGUUUUUGGUGGCAUGACAAUGGUUAAACGGCAGCUUGAAAAAAAUAUUUUGGCAUCAGCUUUCAAAAACCUCUAUCAGUGAAGCCCUAAAAGGGUGAGGGAGAAUUUGACUUUGCAGUGUUCUGUACAUGUGUUGCAUUGUCUAUGGCAUCACACUUGAAGCACGAUCAUAGCAUACACUCCCGAGAGAAGAUUUCUCAGUUUGCACUGCUACAUAGACACACACACACACACACACACACAUUCACACAGACUAGAACAAAUAUUAGAGAAUGGUGCAUUUCAGAAUAAACCAAUGGCAAUUGGAAAGAGACAAAAUAGUUCUAUAUUGACAAAAGCUGUUGCUGCCAGUUUAAUAUUGUGAUUUGUCUGUCUAGUUGCUCUUUUGCAAGAUCCUUUGCAGGUAAAACAUGAGUUAUUGUGCAUUAUGUUGCAUGCCUUCUUUCUUCACACAUGUUGUCUUCCCCCAACUAGCAUUUCAGUCUAUACAUCUCCGUUUCCAUUUGUCAUAUAUCAAAAGAAUUUAAAUCCGUUUUUGUUGUUUGUUGCAUUCUUUUGCUUUAUUUAUUAGAUUUAUUGGUCACACUUUGUUUGGACUGUCCAGUGUUAAUGUUCAGUUUAUCAGUUUGUAUGAUUUGAGUUAAUGUUGAUGCUUAAAGCAUGCUUAAAGUGGGGAAAUGUUAUUAGUUGCUCCGCGAUCCCCUGAAAGCUGCUGAUCCAUAAUACUGUAUUUCUAUCUCUAUAUUCGCUUCCAUAGUGCAGCAAACAGCUCCCAAAAUAGAACGUUUAGAACACACAAACAAAUGCAAACAAAACAGAUGCAUUUUUUUUUUUUUUUUUUUUGCGGAAACCAAACAGCUCUUCUCUUGUUAUUUUCCAAUUUGAAUUUGAAACUAGAUCCAGCAGGAAGCGUCUACAGGUGGAUUCCACAGCACCAGGAAGAAGGAACCUGUUAGCACUUCAACAAAUAAUUGCAAUGACACCACAAAAUGAGUACUGGGACUCUUUUUUUAUGUGGGCAUAAUCUGCUUUGUUGAUUGUCUCUGCAACUGAACAGAUAGAAAUACUGUAUUGUGGAUCAGCAGUCCAGGGCAGCACAGAGCAGCUAAUUAGAUUUCACCACCAUGUGGCCUCAAUUCAAAAUUCAGUUUCGCUUUACUUUCAUAUCAACUUGUCCAAUGAGAAUAGUCCACUCACCAGCUUUAUGUUUUGGUAAGGGUUAGAUACUGAGUUGAAUGUUCACAUUGCACAAUCCAAAUAAAGUGUCGCUCAUUUAUUUAUUGAAGUUUUAAUGUCAUAACACCUGGAAUGUGCACAUUUCUAAUAAUGGGGGUGGUACAAACAAUGGGACAAAUCUGCAACCAGGCAGCUGAACUUAAUACUGUGGCUGUGUAUUCACCAUUUGUUUUGUUGUUUGUUCUCUGAUUGCCGUGUGCCUGAUCCAUUUGUACCAAAAAAGUCUGUAUGAUUAUGCUGCAAACUUGUUUCAACGGUGUAUCUAAGUGUUGCGUGCUCAACUCAAACCCAGAUAUGUUGGAUGAGUUGACUUCCUGCUAGUAUUUGCCUUAUAAAGGCAAUCUUUCCAACACUGCAAUUGCUAAUCAGUGUCACUUGUUAUGUUUGUAUUAAGAUGGUAUGGCAGACGCUGUAAUACAUACUGUAUGUGUGCUGUCUGCCUGCUUUGUGUCUGAGAUCUUUCACUGCCAGCGAUGCAUAGGCAACUACAGUUGUAGUUUCAACACACUUGCUGCACUUAACUUCUAUUUUUCUGAGUCACAACCUCGGGGCUCCAAUGCCUGGUUUGCUGAAUAAAGAUA